AUGGAUGCGUUUGCUCGGUGUCGGGAAGGCUCGCAUGAUGCGCUGCAAGCGGACUUUUCGGGGUUUGAAUCUGCUGAGACGGCAUCCCAAACCAAAUCUGAUAGCGCACUACGAGAAGAACUCCUCAAGAAGUUGAUUGACCGUGAACUUCUUGGUGCUACACGGCAAAUCCUCGUGGAUACAGUCAUCGACCAGCUUCCCCUGCGGGAAUUGCCCCCUGGGAACACUUCAUCUUUAUACAUCAUGUAUCUCGCAUACAUGAGAACUGCAGGGAACGAUGCAACGCCAUGCUCCAAGAGCACGUUUUACUCUGUAGCAAACAUCUGGAAGAAAUGUCUCAAGUUCCGUCGCAAAUCUGACCACGACUUCAGUACUCAUGCAAGUUUGUGCAAUGAGUUGUUACUGCACUACAAGGAGCAGUGGCAGAACCGAAGUGCUUACUGGCAGGCGCGAUCAAGAUCUCAGCAGACCCGGGACUUGCUAUGUUGCAUCAUUGACUCUUACGACAAAGCAAAGUUGCUGCUGCCUGUUUUUCCUCACCGGAGAGUUCCUAAAAGAAGCGUGUAUGAGCUUUGCAAACGCAACUUUCCUGCAUAG